AUGGAAUUUCGAUCGUCCAAAAGCGGUAAGGUGAAUCGAGGCGGCCGGAAGCGGAAGGAGAGGCCGGCGUGGCAAUCCGCCACGCAGAUCGAGUGGCGGGAGCGAGGAGACGAGAGGGCGGGGGACUGGGGCGGCACAGGAGACUGGGAUGAGGGAAAAUUUCCGCAAGGGGAAGACCGGAGGGAGCCGGAGCGGAGAGUGGCGGUGUUUACGGAUAAGAAGGAUGCCGUAAGCGGCACGCGCCACAGGUCAUUCCUUUUCGAGCGGGAGUUGGCAUAUAUUAUCCUGCCGCCGCCGCCACCGUGGCCCUCUCCUCUUUCCCCCCAUCUCCCACUCUCUCUGUGGUGGCGAGCACGUACCAAGGCCCCCGCCCUCGCCGUCGUCCCCGUCGUUGACCACCGUCUCACCUUUGCACACAUGGAGCAACCCGACGCCGCCGUCGUGGCACCCAUCGUCCUCCCUCUCCACUCGUCGUCUGUGGCAACCGCGCCGCCGGAGAGCUCAGAGCGCGCGACGUUGCCUCCCCAGGAGCAGCCCGCGGACGGGCCACGCCCCUCCCCCUUUGCUGCUGCCGUCCCUCCCGCCCAGCCUCAAGAGUCAAACACGAACGGUACCACCGACAACGCCAACAACGACGCGACCGGCACCCAACAACCCCUGCCGGAACGUCCCGCGGAGGUAUCGACCCUUAAGCCGGUCGGUCUCUCCCCUGCCAACUGGGCCGGUGGCGCCAGCCCCGCCGCUGUGCCACCCAACGCAGCCAAUAGUGCCACACCAACACCUUUGCCCCGCUUUCUCAUUGUUGCGCCCUCCGUCGUUGUCGUCGACGACGACGACAACAGUAGUGGCGCACCGGUAUGGAAGCCUACAUGGAACAAGAUGGGUUACAACCCUCCUCAACCCAAUGGUAGCCAGCCUUCCAAACCAGAGUCUGUUCCAGAGGGCGACGCCACCGCCGUAACUGGAGCGCCGGCUGCUCCUGUGGCACCCUCCACCGGCUCGGCUCAAAAUAUGUUCCAAGACUAUCUCGGGGAACGCUUGUCCCCGUCAGAACCAAAACCAUCUUCUCUUGGUUCCCUCUCACCACCACCCACCGAUAUCGAAUCCACCACGAACAACCGCGACGUUCCGAAACGCAAGGCCGCCUCAGUUGCAGCUGCCCUCUGCAAGCGCGAAGCGACCGACUCCCUACCUCGCAAUGGUAAAGCCUCUCUUGCUGCUGGACGCAAGACUCCUGCCGAACGUAAAGCCUCCUCGAAGACCGCAACGUCCGCUAAGGACAAAGUUACAGGCAAAGUCAAGGGCACCGCGUCUGGCGCGGCGUCGACCAAGAGCAAGCGAACCCUGAAGUAUCUCGCGACCGAGGCGUUGGAGACGAGAGUGUGCAAGUAUUGCGACCACGAGCCGUUCUCGAGGGCGAAGGAUUGCUUCAGACAUAUGAACAAUUCGUGCCCGAAUAACCCUUCGAAACACGCGGAGGAGUGCCCGGAUUGCCACAAGUCGCUUUCGAGGGGCGACGCGUUGAAGAGGCACUACAAGACGUGCAAGGAGAGGGAGGAGAGGAUGGCGAAAGAGAACGGAACUGAACUACCGGCUCCCGCUGCGGCUGGGAGCGUCGCUGCUGGGAAGGGCAAGCGCUCCGCUGAAGACGACGAGCAGGGUUCCGAGGGGGAUAAGGAGAAGAAGAAGAGGAAGGUCGCGACUCCGAGGAAGAAACCCGCUACGCCUAGGGCUGGACCGAAGAAGAAGGCGUCUGGAUCUGCCUCUGUUGCUCCAGGUGAUCCAUCCGCCAAGGAUCACGCGUCCCUUUUCGCUCAGGCUGAGGAACGUCUCAAGGGCGCGAACGGUGCACCUGAGGGCGAAUCCGAGGUUGGAGAGUCCGAGCUCGAGUCUGAGGCCGAUGAGGACGCGGAGGGCGAACCUGAUGGUGAGAUUCCUGCUGCUGGUGACGUCGUCAUGACCGACAGCGCGAAACCCGUCCCCGCCACGUCGACCGAAACGCUCCAGGUCCAGGAUAUCGAGAUGGGUGACGCUUCGAGGCCGAAGACUACCAGAAGGCAAAGCACCAGACCUCCGAAGCCGAGAGCGAAGCGUGCAGGCAAGAACGCUGAUGGUCAAGUCAAGGGCAAGGAGCUCGAGUCGGAGGAGGGCGUCUCACCUCCUCCGGGGUUAAACCUCCUCAAGGGCGACGGAACCCUCGCUAACAUCGCAGCAGACGGUAGUUCUUCGACUCUUCCCGGUGGCGCAUUCACUUCCGCCAUCUUCCCAUCCACCACUCCCGGCACAACGCUUCCUUCCAGCUCCCUCGUCGCUGCUGCAGACGGAUCUAUGUCUGCACCACCUUCCGUCCUCGCUCUCGACCCGAACUCGAAGGAAGGCCUUGCUCAGCGCAAGUGCAAAUUCUGUGACCAUCCGCCAUUCACGCGCGCUCAGGACUGCUUGAGGCAUAUGGAGCACAGUUGCCAGGCGAAUCCGAACAGGAAGGUCACAGAGGUGUGCGACGAGUGCCAUAUGCAGCUGAGCAGGAGCGAUGCGUUGAAGAGGCAUUAUAAGACGUGCGGGAAGAGCAAGAGGAAGGGUGGCAAGGGCGCGUCUUCGAUCAAUGUUCCGGGGAAGAGUGGCAGCUCGAGUGCGAUCGUCACUGGCAGUGGUGGCGAGGGUAGCCCGAGUGUGGGCCCGAGCGCGGCGCCGAAUGGAAAGGGGAAGGAGAAGGAGAAGAGCAAGAGUCAGAGCCCGGAUAAAGGUGUCGAGGGCGAGGGUGCGAACGUCGGUGAGGCGGGUCCGGAGAGCGACCAAGGCAAGACGGACGACGCCUCGAAGAACGACGGCGCCACCGCCGCCACAGGGGCUAAUGACGCCUUACCAGUUCGCAACGCUAUGGUCGAAGAUCUCCUCCGCGCCGUUGAAGCCGCUCGUGCCGCCGAAAUGGCAAGUUCAAACCCUUCUGCUCCCUCCACAGCCGCCAACGGCGCCACCAGCACCGCCAACUCUGCCAACGCCGCUCUUCCGCCCUCUGUCGCUUUGACCCAAGCAGAUGCGUUCAGUCAAGCCAUAGCCUUCGCUCAACAAGCCGCCGCUCCGCUCGGUCAACAACAGCAGGGCGUGCCGACGACGAGCAGUUCGUUGGCUGGCGCUUUGGGACCUGCACCUGCGUUCGUUUUGGACCCGGCGUUGGCGAACGCGACCGCGAACACGCCGGUCAGUCUUUCUGCGCCUGGUGCUCCUGGCGUUCCGCCUACGAUGUCUGGGGAAGCCAAGCAAGCUCCUGAGGCGACUAAGGAAGGUGGUACUGCGCCUGCGCCUGUCCCUGCUCCUGGGUACGAGAAGGGACCGGCUGAGGCCGUUGCGUCUACGACUGGCGCUGUUCCCAAUCACUCACAGACACAGGCGCAGGCUGCGGCUGCGGCGGCAAUGCUUAGCGCGAUGAAUCCUGCGGAACAGGCCAAGGCGAAUGAGAUCGCAAAUGCUAUCGCGGCGCAUUUGGCGAUUGUGCAUAGUCAGCAGCAGCAGCAGCAACAGCAACAGACGGCGGCACAGGUGCAGCAGCAGCAGGGGACGAAUGGGCAGGGAGCGGGUGCGAGUGGGCAGUGA